UAAGCCUUUGCUAUGGUUGUUGUAUGCCCUUAGGAACCUUGGAAGCCUGGUGCUGUGGGUUGGGGUAUGGCUGGGAUGACCCUGUAGGGCCAUGGGACAGAGGUCCAGUGUCUCCAGAGACCAUUCCUCCUCUGCUGCCUCCAGCUGAUAAACCUCUUAUCAGGCUCAAGCAGGGGAGCCCAGAGUCAGGAUAGGAGGAGAAGGCAGAACUGCUAUCAGCCACCAGGCCUGGGCUGUAUCUCAGAGAAGGGGAGGGGCUGUCUGCUUGGCUCUUCCCACAACACGCUCCUUGGGGAUCCCGAAGUACUCACUCUCAACCUUGGAGGAUGAGACAGAGGAGGAAAACUGAGGACCAAGGGGGAAAGCAGAAGUGAUCCCCGGAAUUGCCCCAGAAAAUGGGGGAAAAACAACCCCAGAAGAUGUGACUUCUGCCCUGCCCGCUGAUACAGUUUUGGGGAGCAAGAAGAAGGGGAAAGGGAAGGCACCUUGUCUGAAUAAGUAGGUAAAGACCUACUGUGCUCCCAAAGGACCUGACUACAACCACAGCAGGUUGCUGGGGCCUUUUGGGCUUUGGGGACCCUGGACCAGGCCCUGGCCCAGUAGGAUGCCCCCGUGUCCUCCCCAGCAGAGCAGGAACAGGGUGACACAGUUACCCGCUCUGGAGCUGGGUGAGAUGGAGUUGACUUGGCAAGAGAUCAUGUCCAUCACUGAGCUGCAGGGCCUAAACGCUCCAAGUGAGCCAUCAUUUGAGGCCCCAGCCCCAGCCCCAUAUCCUGGGCCCCCGCCACCCCCAACUUACUGCCCCUGCUCAAUUCACCCUGAUGCUGGCUUCGCCCUUCCUCCACCACCUUAUGAGCUUCCAGCACCCACAUCUCAGGUCCCAGAGCCUUCAUACUCCUAUGGCAACAUGGCCAUCCCAGUCUCCAAGCCACUGACCCUCUCGGGCCUGCUCAGUGAGCCCCUCCCAGACCCUUUGGCUCUCCUGGACAUUGGGCUGCCAGCGGGGCCCCCGAAGCCCCAAGAAGACCCAGAAUCCGACUCAGGAUUAUCUCUCAACUAUAGUGACGCUGAAUCUCUUGAGCUGGAGGGGACAGAGGCUGGUCGGCGGCGCAGCGAGUAUGUAGAGAUGUACCCAGUGGAGUACCCCUAUUCACUUAUGCCCAACUCUUUGGCCCACCCUAACUAUGCCUUGCCGCCUGCGGAGAACCCCUUAGCCUUAGAACCCUCUUCAGGCCCAGUGCGGGCCAAGUCCACUGCACGGGGGGAGGCGGGGAGUCGGGAUGAGCGUCGGGCCCUGGCCAUGAAGAUUCCCUUCCCGACGGACAAGAUUGUCAACUUGCCGGUAGAUGACUUUAACGAGCUGUUGGCACGGUACCCACUGACGGAGAGCCAGCUGGCCUUAGUCCGGGACAUCCGACGGCGGGGCAAAAACAAGGUGGCCGCCCAGAACUGUCGCAAGAGAAAGUUGGAGACCAUUGUGCAGUUGGAGCGGGAACUGGAGCGGCUGGGUAGUGAGCGGGAACGGCUUCUCCGGGCCAGAGGGGAGGCUGACAGGACCCUGGAGGUCAUGCGCCAACAGCUGACGGAGCUGUACUGUGACAUUUUCCAGCACCUGCGGGAUGAAUCGGGCAACAGCUACUCCCCUGAAGAGUAUGCUCUCCAACAGGCUGCUGAUGGGGCCAUCUUCCUGGUGCCCCGGGGGACCAAGAUGGAGGCCACAGACUAAGCUGGCCCAGAGGGGUGGGACUGGUGAUGGAGAUUUCCUUUAUUCCCUUCUGAUAAACGUACUCCCCAGAAGAAGCUGGGUUCUCUAGACCAGAAGGGGACAAUGGGAAACCUGGCAUUUGGAGGACCCAAGGUGUAUUCAGUAAGGCUUGCCUUGAGACAAGUGUAUGAGGGGAGGUUGGAAUCUCUUUUUCAUGUUUCAGCUUCCUAGGUCUCCAAACUCCACCUCUUGUUUGAGCUUUGGUAUAUAAAGCGCUCUACACAAAUAGCCUUCCACUGUGUCU